ACUCGUCCUUCUCUGAUGGGCAGCUCUUCAGUAGGAACCCCCACGCCCAACUUCUACAUAACGAGAGAGUCGAAAGUCUUUUCCAAGAUGGCAACGACCAUAGACAGCAGCAAUGCCGUACAGGCGACAAGCAAAAAGCAUCUCGGAAUUCCCGAAGCAAUAUUUGUGGAGGAUGUCGAGUCGUUUAUGAAGCAGCCAGGCAACGACACCGCAGACGCCGUAUUGCGGAAACUGGAUGAACAGUACCAGAAAUACAAGUAUAUGGAGCUCAACUUGGCGCAGAAGAAACAAAGGUUGAAAAGCCAGAUCCCACAGAUCAAGCAGACUCUAGAAAUCCUACGACACAUGCAGAAGAAGAAGGAAACGACAGACCCGAUGGAGACACACUUCCUAUUGGCUGACAACGUUUACUGCAAGGCAUCAGUCCCACCCACCGACAAAGUGUGCCUGUGGCUAGGGGCCAAUGUGAUGUUGGAGUAUGACAUCGACGAGGCCCAGUCUCUUCUGGAGAAGAACCUAGCAACCGCAUCACGCAACCUGGACUCCCUGGAGGAAGACCUGGACUUCCUCAGAGACCAGUUCACCACCACCGAAGUCAACAUGGCACGAGUCUACAACUUUGACGUUAAGAGGAGGAGCAAGGACAACCUCCUUAAAUCAGUCAUGAAGUCUUGAGAGAGGGCGACCCCCCCCCCCCCCCCCAAUAACCUGCCCCAACUCCAUGUUCACAUCUCUAGUCUCUACAACAUGUUUGAGACCUAAAUGGCACCCUAUUCCAUAUUUAGUGCACUACAUUUAACCAGGGCCCAUAGGGUAGUGCACUACUUUUAACCAGGGCCCAUAGGGUAGUGCACUACAUUUAACCAGGGCCCAUAGGGUAGUGCACUACAUUUAACCAGGGCCCAUAGGGCUCUGGGUCCAAAGCAGUGCACCACAUGAGGUUGGUGGCAUCUUAAUUAUUGGGGAGGGAGGGCUCGUUGCCAUGGCUGGAGCAGAAACACUCCAUUCCAGACAUUAUUAUGAGCCCUCCUCCCCUCAGCAGCCUCCACUGCAGUGCACUGUAUAGGGAGUAGGAUUCCAUUUGGGAUGUGGACCAAGCCUUAUUCUAUUGAUUUGUUACUUUUUAAAGUAUUUUUUUCAAGUAAAAAAAGACAAAACAAAAGUUA